AUGUGCACAAAAUGUUCAUACGAACCCCAUGAUCCGAUUUCAUGUGAAAAUAUGUCAGAAUGGACGAAAGUUUGUCUGGAGGUUAAUGGAAGUCUUUCAAUUCAAUGGGUGAUGAAUAACACAAAAGAUUGCUCAAAUUGUUUUUUAACGAUUGAGAAGACUGGAGGACGCAAUGCAGUGAGAUGCUGGAAUUGUCAAAUCAUAUUUUGCUGGAACUGUUUUGCUGAAAGAUGUGACCUCAUACCCCAAUUGUGUAUAAAACCCAAAGAUCGGAAUCGUCGUCGUGGUGAUCUUCGUUUGCAAUAUUACUAUGAUGGGUUCGCAAAAUAUUUUAAAAAAUUAGAGAAAACAAUUAUCUUCUCAUCGGAUAUCCAACUUCAAAUGAAUUCAAAAAUUGUAGAAAUCCAAUCAAAAGUUCCAAUAUCCACGGAGUCAAAGAUCGGAAUCGUCGUCGAAAUGACUAUCGUUUGCGAUAUUACUAUGACGGAUAAAUAUUUCAAGAAGUUGGAAAAGACUCCCUCCCUUCUGAAGAGAAAACUCGAGCAAGCAAUAGAAGAACCCAUCAUUUCGGCAGAGGUCGAUGAUUCAAUGACCUUCCAAUGUUCCUUGAACUCACAACACAUAUUUGCAAUGGUUUCAUUACCUCUCAUUUUGGCAGGAUUGGUUCUUACUGGUAUUUCGAUUGUUGUAUACACGCGGCCUGAGCAACGGAAAACUACAGUCAGAGAGUUGUGCAGUAUGACACGAACAAGAUGGGCACUACUAUUUUCAUUUAUCUUAUCAGUUUUUCUAUCAAUUCCCAGAUUUAGAGAACAAAUCAUUAAUCCUUACAAUGGAAGACCAGUUCCAAACAAAAAUUGGACUGAAAACUCAUUCAUAGGAGUUAUAAACUAUUUUGACGAUAAUGUUUUCAAUGCGUUAAUUAUUUUUUCUCUUCUUCUAUUUAUCAAUAUUUCUAUAAUUGCACUCCUAAAAUACUCUCAAUUCGUACGCAUGAGAAUGACUAGCCAAUCGUCCAGAGAUCGGCGAACAACUAUCAUGCUUAUUUUUGUUCUUCUGGCUUACGUUGGCACACAUUCACCAAGUAUGUUGAUUGAAUACCUGGAUAAAAAUCUGACAACUCAACUGCCACAAGAAAUAUCCAUACUUCGGAAGGAAAUUUCCAAUUUCUGCAUGUGCCUCCAUCCGAUUUUCUCAUUUAUCGACUAUUUGAUAUUUUCUGAGAAAUACAAAGCAACAGUCAAAUCGUUGUUCAUGCGCUUGCCUAAAGGCACCUCAUCGAAUAAUCCACCACAAGCCGUCUGA